AGACAAAAAGCAGGUAUGGCGUAUCUAACUACCUGACAAGGGGCAAUCGAACAAAACCUGUUUACUGCAGUAUAGAAGUUCUUGCAAUAUUGUUUAUUUAUUAACUUCUAUUACAGAUAUUUGUGUGAACGUUAUGAAGAUAGUUUGGGUGAUAUGUAGCUUAUUCACCUUAAUUUUGGUAAGUAGCUAUACUGAAAUGAUUUAUGGCUAAAUUACAUUAACAAUAGAAUUAUUGAUUUUAAAACAUGCAAAUAAAUUACAGGCGGAUAGGAACAAUAUUACAAUUGAUCUGGACAAUUGUGGAAGAUAUAAGAGUUGUUAUAGACUUCCGUACGGAUGCGAUAAGAACUGCUCGACAAUUGUUACUUGGAAGGAUGACGAUAACGGUUUCAUUGAAUUUGAAAUGUACGAAAACGAAGAGCACUAUAUAGCUAUUGGAUUGUCAAAUGACAAAAAAAUGGUAUAUAUUUACAUUACUUAUUACCUUCUAUUUAUAUAUGUAUAUACUGUAUAUAGUAUCUAUAUAUAUAAAUGCAUAUACUGUAAAAAUUUAAAAAUAUAGUCGAAGAACUUUUUUUCACCCGUGGUAACUGCCACCAGAAAAUAGCUAUUUUAAGAAAGGCUCAAUAAAGAGUCAAGGUUAACUUUAUUUCUUAUAAUAGCAUUCAGCAUUUGGUUUUUAUACGAUUAAUUAUACGUAAAAAAAGUAUGACUUAUGACUAUUUUAAUGUAAAGGGUAGUCUGAAGUUUUUCAUUUAAUAAUUUAAUAGGAAAUGAAGUAUAAUAAACUAAUUGUUUAAUUAUACAUAGCUUAUUUAUGGUAUCACGAUAAAAAGGUAUUUCUAUUCUGGAACUCUCGAAUAAUCGAUUCUUGUAUAAACAAUUCUGUACCUUGUUUUUUUAUGGGGAAAGAUUCUGUCUUGGCUUGCUUGAGAACAGGAGCUGAUGAUAAAAGAAUUCAAAUGUUGUAUACAGCCGACCAUGGAAAAGCACCGAAAAAUAUUGGAACUCCAGAUAUAUUAAAAUACAAUAUUAGAAACGCAAAGACUUGGGUGGUUGAUGGUUCUGUUACUUGUAAAUUUGGUAGAAGGAUUAAUACAAAUUUUACUGAGAUAUAUGACAUUGAUGAAAAAAAAUAUUAUGCGCUCUUUGCCAGAGGAAAAAUCGACAAUAACGAAAUAAAACAACACGAUAAAGAUAAGCGUUAUAUUAUUAAAAAUCGUAAAAUAGAUUUUAUGAAAGUUGUACCAAUAACCGAUGGAAAAGUAAAAACAAGCGGUUAUAUUAAGGCGCAUGGAUGUUUAAUGGCUAUUGCUUGGAUGUUUUUCGCCCCAGUUGGAAUCUUUACGGCAAGAUAUCUUAAAACUUUUUUUAAAGAGGAAAAGAAUCCAGACGAAGCGUGGUCCUUCAUACAUUGGGCGUGUAUGGCAACAACCGUUGUACUUACAGUAAUUGCCUUCGCUUUGAUAUACAUUGAAAAUGGAGGUUACAAAAGCUUGGAUUCGUAUCCUCAUGCCGCCCAUCCUCCUUUAGGAGUAUUUAUAUUUGUUGUAUGCUUAGUAAAUCCUGUUGGUGGUCUUUUCUUAAGCAAUAUGGAUAAGGAUGAUUCGAGACGUGUAUUCAUUCUAUGGAUUCACAGACUGUUUGGUAUUCUUGCCGCAAUUCUCUCUUUGGUCCAAGUAAUGAUUGGAUUAGACCUUCCAAAGGCUAAUUCCGGUAGUUCAACAGUAAAAUGGUGGGUUCUUGUUAUGUUGAUUGUCAAUACGAUUUACGGUAUUAUAUUGGAUUUGGUUAAAUGUGGAGAGGACAAUGAUAAAGAUAAUAAAGAUGGAGAUCAUGGUAUGGAUUCAGUUGUUACAAAACCAGACAGAGCAGACAAACCCGAACGUAAAGACGGUGAACCUGAUGAAAGCACUAGAGAAGGACGUGACGAAAAGAGGUAUAGAACAAGACAAGGAAUCUACGGAGCAAUUAUUGUAUCCGGUAUUGGUCUGACAAUUCGAGUUUUGGUUGCAGUUGGAACAGAUUAA